CCGCGUAUGCGGUAUUCCGCAAACGGUAACAAUUUACGGAGAGGUUAAAAACUCUCCGCUAACAGAAAACAAAUAUUAUUACAGGGAAAGGCACCGUCGUGCACAACGGACGCAUUCAAGUCAUCGGCCGCUUCUCCCACGAGGCUUCUCUUAAGCACCUCGAUCCCGAGCCUGCGAAGCGUUCUCUAGUGCUUCGAUACUCCAUUUGGUACGCCAAGUGCUGUCGGAUCCUGGGAUGCCUUUACAUCAGCAAUCUGAACGACGAGACCCUGAAAACAAACAGGGCGACGUGGAAGAGCCCUUACACGCUGUACUCCGCGGCUUUGCUGACGAUGGUCGCAAUAUGCGAAGGAUCCAACAUCGUUCACAAGAGCAGCUGCCAGGGGGACUUGAAAUGCAAAUUCACAGAUUCUAUCGGUGUCGUGGUUUACGCAUUAGCUGGCGUGCAAGUGCUCAUGAACAUCGUAUGCCUGGUUCGAGGAUCCGCGAGGAUUCUGCAGCUUUUACGGGAUGCCGUGGCGUUCGAACGGUCCAGCGCUUUCAAGCCUGACACCAGGUCCGCGAUCCAGGACCGUUCCUGGUUCAAGAUUACCUUGAGAUUAUCCGUGCUGCUCGGCCUGGUUGCGUCGUUUUCGCUUCUCGGCGCUGUACAGCACAAAAACUUUCAGUUCGAGUCGCCAACACUGGCACCCCGUCCUCAAGGCCCUGGCCGCCUGCAGCUCGGUGAUGUUCAUACUCUGCGGGUCAACCAUGUACGUGUCCGCGACCUGUUUCUGCGAAGUCCUGGUACAAUACGUGAAGGCUCAGGUCACCGCCUUCGAGGAGUGCCAGGCGACCUGGGCGUCCCGCAUGGCGCUUCGGGAUGCGGCAGCCAAGAUCGAGGCAGUGCGCGUCAACGUCUGCAAGAUAAGGGCCCUCAAGAACGCCGUCAACGAUGUCUGGGGUCCGGCAAUCGUAACCUCAUCGGCCUGUCUUGUGGGCAUGUUGUGCACCACUUUGUACAGGUCAUUUUACAUCAGGGUGGUUCACGAGGAUGCCUGGUUGCGAUUCACGUACACUGUUUACAGCGCCCUCUGCUUUGUCGACAUGGUGCUCGUCAGUAGUGACCUAGGAAGCGAGGUCGAGAACUUGAAGGAAGCCACCAAACCUAUGAGCUUGCUUGAUGCAACGGAUGCUUACUCGCUGCAGGUGAGCUACCUGCACGACAUAAUUGAGCCCGACAGCAUGUGCCUAUCGGCGGGACGUUUCUUCCGAAUCGACCGGACGCUACUUGUUACGAUGGCCGGUUCCAUCAUCACGUUCACGGUAAUCCUGGUGCAGACGAGCGACGAUAUUAUGCACGCAAUAUGAAAGACGGCAUACCUACACGUGCGGCGGCGGGAUCCAUCUAC